GGAACGCGGGAUUAGUACGCAGUUGACGUUGGAGGGAAUGUUAUUAUCCACAAAGUUGUUUCACUUGUAAAUGAUGUGGCGAAAAUAUCCACGUUGCGUUGGCUAUUUCUGCUCCUUUCGUACAUGUUUUAUCAUUAAAACGCCGACGGGAGGGAAAUUUGCUGACAUUUAGCUUAGCAAGCUAGCCUUAUCCUGUCCCUGUUUGUGAAGUAGUUGAUUAUUUGCAUUUUUAAUCAAAUCUGCUUUGCGAAAGUGUGCAAAAGUGCAUCAUAUUGGUUUCAUCAGAACUAGAACCUGGCUAAAACCUGGCUCCAGUUUAGGUUUCCAGAUAAAAGGGAGCGAGAAGGAGAUCGGACCAAAAGAAGAAGAAGAAGAGAUCAGAAACCCUGGCCAGGAUUUAUUCUUUUUAAAAGUUUAACUUUAUUUGAGACAGGCAUGACUUGUCUCAGUUAAGCAGAAAAAACAAAACAAAAAAAACAACCAACCUCAAGAUCAUCUUAAAGCGAUAAAGAGUUCACCUGCAGCCACCAUGAAGAGAAGACUAAAUGCAUCGGACAAGGCGAUAAAGUGGAAGAAGGCCAAACGGGACGAGGCCAGCUCCGACGAAGAUGACGAGUCCUCGCAGAAAACCACAAGCCACGAUUCGAGUCAGAGCGAGUCUCUCAGUGACGGCGAAGACCAGAGACCCAGUUUCUCCAAACCGUCCGUCUCCAACGAUGCCUCGGGCGGCGAAGCUUCACAGAGCGGCAACGACUUCUCCAUGUACAACAGCGUCUCUCAGAAGCUCAUGGCCAAAAUGGGUUUUAAAGAAGGGGAAGGUUUGGGAAAGUUUGGUCAGGGGCGGAGAGAGAUCGUGGAGGCGUCUACCCAGCGCGGGAGGAGAGGUCUGGGUCUGAUGCUGCAGGGGUUUGAGGGAGAUCUCAACGUCGAGUGGAAGGACGAAAUCGAGCCUAGUGCUUUUGAAGAAGUGUCCUGGUUCCCAGAAUGCACUACGGAAAUGCCAGACUCGGACGAGCUGAGAGACUGGAUGACUAUAGGCGAGAGGAAACUAAGGAUCGAGGACGAGACCGAGUUUUGUUCAGAGGAGCUUCUUCACGCGUUGCUACGCUGCAAGAGUGUGUUUGAUAAUUUAGAGGGUGAAGAAAUGAGGCGGGCUCGUACAAGAUCCAACCCUUAUGAAACGAUACGAGGUGCUUUCUUCCUCAACAGAGCUGCGAUGAAGAUGGCAAACAUGGACCAUGUGUUCGACUACAUGUUUACCAAUCCAAAGGACUCCCAAGGGAAACUCGUAUUUCGCGAUAAGGAAAGCGAGCUGCUAUAUUUCGGUGACGUGUGCGCUGGGCCCGGAGGAUUUUCCGAGUACGUCCUGUGGCGGAAACGUUGGCACUCCAAAGGCUUCGGCAUGACUCUGAAAGGAGCUAAUGAUUUUAAACUCGAGGACUUCUACUCUGCCCCCAGUGAACUUUUUGAACCUUAUUAUGGUGAAGGUGGCAUCGACGGUGACGGAGACAUCACGCGUCCCGAGAACAUCAGUGCGUUUCGCAAUUUCGUCCUGGAGAGCACGGAAAAGCGAGGGCUUCACUUCCUCAUGGCUGACGGCGGCUUCUCAGUGGAGGGGCAGGAGAACCUGCAGGAGAUCCUGAGCAAGCAGCUUCUGCUCUGCCAGUUUCUCACCGCCUUGUCCACCGUCAGAACAGGAGGCCACUUUGUGUGUAAGACGUUUGACCUGUUCACACCCUUUAGUGUGGGUCUGAUCUACCUGCUGUAUUUCUGCUUCGAUAGAGUGUCGCUCUUCAAACCAGUCACCAGCAGACCCGCCAACUCUGAGAGGUAUGUGGUGUGUAAAAGUCUGAAGCCAGGCUCUGAUGCAGUCAGAGAUUACCUGUUCAAGGUGAACCUGAAGCUGAACCACCUCAGGAACUCGGACAGCGACGUCACAGAAGUGGUGCCUCUGCACAUCAUCAAAGGAGACACAGACUUCUACCAGUACAUGAUGGACUCCAACGAGAGUCAUUGCGCUGUGCAGAUCAAAGCUCUCGCUAAGAUCCAUGCCUUUGUGAGAGACACGACGCUGUCUGAGCCGAGGCAAGCUGAUAUCCGCAAGGAGUGUCUCAGACUAUGGGGGAUUCCUGAUCAAGUCAGAGUAGCGCCGUCUCCUUUAGACCCCAAAUCCAAGUUCCACGAGCUCAUAAACAGAUCAGAUGUCGACCGCUUUAACUCACGGCCCACAGCCCUCAACCUCACCACUUUGGACAAACUGGAGCAUGUAUUGGACCACCGGUGCAUCGUCGGAGGAGGAGAACAGAUUUUUCUCCUGGGGCUUGGGAAAUCUCAGAUCUACACAUGGGAUGGCAAAUCUCCUGUGCGCUGGAAGAAGCUGGAGGGCUUUAAACUGGAGCUGCCCAGAGACACUCUGCUGAGUGUGGAGAUUGUGCAGGAGCUCAAGGGAGAGGGUAAAGCCCAGCGUAGGAUCAACGCCGUUCAUGUCCUCGAUGCUCUGGUUCUCAACGGCACCGAUGUCAGAGAGCAGCAUUUUAACCAGAGAAUUCAGAUGGCUGAGAAGUUUGUGAAAGCUGUGUCUAAACCCAGUCGGCCCGAUAUGAACCCUAUACGAGUAAAAGAGGUGUAUCGUUUGGAGGAGAUGGACAAGAUCUUCCUAAGAUUGGAAAUGAAGGUAACCAAGAGCUCUGGUGGAAUGCCGCGGCUGUCCUACACGGGCCGCGACGAUCGCCACUUCCUGCCCAGCGGCCUUUACAUCAUCAAAACGGUCAGAGACCCGUGGACGAUGGCGUUCAGUUCAAGGUCGAAGAUGAAAUUCUUUUAUAAUAAACAGACAAAACAGUCCACCUACGUCAUGGAUCAGAGCGCUAUAGCGCCUUUUGACGUCUGCCAUCAUGAAAGAUUGUUUUGGGCCUGGGAGGAAGGGGUCAGAGUUCACGACUCCCAGAACCGCAUCGAUCCCCAGAAGCUCUCAAAAGACCAAGUUCUGUCCUUCAUCCGGAAACACAGUCACCAGUGGGAGAGCCGUGAUGGAGUGUGAAGUCUCUCCCUAUCAGCAGAGGGCGCUGUGGUGUGCAGAAGAGGACGUCGUAGUCAAUUAAAAAUGACUUUCAUACUGUGCUCAAUCUAAACUGCAAUUAAGUUGAACCUUAAUUUAUUUUACAGUCAGAACGCGUUCUAUCUGUGAGGUAUUUACACAAAAUAUGCAAGGAGCGUUCAUGUCAAACCGGGACUUUAGAUUUUAUAAAAAGACAAGAAUCAGAGUAAAAUCUAACUUUUUUUCUCCAUAUCAUGCCCUGCUACGCUUAUCCCAGCAUUUCAUUAGUGUUUCACGGGAACGGCUGCAGCGUGCACCGAGCCGCUUUAGCCUGGAUCGUCAUUCACGGUCAUUCAACCUUUUUUAAAAAAAUAAACGUUUGCAUCAUUCAAAUAAGAGUCUUAUCACCGUACUGUGCUUGAAGUCAAACGGUUUUACGCCUUCAUUCACAAUGAAGUUCAUCACAAGUCCUGGUUUGACUUGAACACCCCUCAUAGACGCUUGAAGAUGCUUCGGCUUCAUAAAGCCGAUAAACUAAUAUACUGCUCACUACCCAGUCAUACAAUGCAUGGCGAUAUAGGACUCUACAUUGCCUUUUCUGUGCACAGCCUGUUGCCUUUCUCGCCUCCUUUGGGUUUUGUUUUGCUUGUAAAUGUUGUUUGAAUGAGGCAGGCAUGUUUCAUUUCUAUGGCCUUCUUUUGAGCUUGAGAGUAACCUUGAUAAUAAUGUAAAAAGAUCACUUCCUGGAGUAUUUUCUUCUUCUUCUUCUUCUAUUAAACAAAAUGGAUGUCAGUGUCCUUGA